UCUUUUACCGAGCCCUCCACCGGUUCUCUUUUCCUCAGCCCACCACAUACACUCUCACAGCAGUCAUCACUCACUCACACCCGAACACACACACACAAACACACAUGCACACACACACAUACACAAACACACACACACACACAUGCAUGCAUGCACGCUUGCACCGGCAAACAUAUGGAGUACUUCUGCUUCCUCCUGCUCUGGAUCUGCAGCCAGCAGUUAGGCUUCCACGACUGCUUCAAUAUCGACACAAAGAACCCCAGGAUCAUCAAAGGCCCUAAGCAAGCCCAGUUUGGAUACACUGUUCAGCAACAUGUGGCUGCUGGAGGAGAAAAAUGGUUAUUAGUGGGCGCUCCAUAUGAAAUGAAUGGUCCUUAUCAGACAGGGGAUGUUUAUAAAUGUUCACUGAGCAGACGAACCAAUGGAAACGGUUGCUCCAAGCUCAACUUAGGAAGGAUAUCUCUGACCAACGUAUCAGAGCGAAAGGACAAGAUGAGGUUGGGAAUGACACUCACGUCGAACCCUCAAGACAACAGCUUUGUGGCCUGUGGGCCGGUAUGGUCCUAUGAGUGUGGCAGCUCUUACUACAGCACUGGCAUAUGCUCCAGAGUCAAUGCGAGCUUUAAGUUCUCCAGAACGAUUGCUCCUGCCUUUCAGAGAUGUGAGACAUAUAUGGACAUAGUGAUCGUUCUGGAUGGCUCAAACUCCAUCUACCCCUGGUAUGAAGUGCAGGCUUUUCUCAUCAACAUUCUUCAGAAGUUCUAUGUUGGACCAGGUCAAAUACAGGUUGGAGUUGUUCAGUAUGGUGAGAAGGUGGUCCAUGAAUUCAAACUCAGCGACUACAAAUCUGUUGAGGAAGUGGUGAAGAGAGCGCGCAGUAUCAACCAACGAGGUGGGGAGGAGACCAACACAGCUCUUGGCAUCAACAUAGCACGCUCACAAGCUUUCAAACAAGGAGGUCGACGAGGUGCCAAGAAGGUGAUGAUAGUGAUAACUGAUGGAGAGUCACAUGACAGCGCGGAUCUCCAGCAAGCCAUCGAGGACAGUGAGAAGGACGGUAUCACCCGUUAUGCCAUUGCUGUCCUUGGCUACUACAACCGUAGAGGAAUUAACCCUGAAGCCUUCCUUAAUGAAAUCAAGUACAUUGCCAGCGACCCAGAUGACAAACACUUCUUUAAUGUGACAGAUGAGUCGGCGCUGAAGGAUAUUGUGGACGCACUUGGAGAACGCAUCUUCAGUUUGGAAGGAACCAGUACGAAUGGGACAGCGUUUGGCCUCCAGAUGUCUCAAGCUGGAUUUUCAGCACACAACGUUGAGGAUGGGAUUCUGGUCGGUGCAGUCGGGGCUUAUGAUUGGAACGGGGCAGUGCUGAAGGAAACACGACAGGGAAAGGUGGUCCCUCCAAAGUCCUCCUACACGCAGGAGUUCCCUGAAGAGCUCAAGAACCACGGUGCCUAUUUGGGUUAUACUGUGACGUCUGUGGUGUCUGCCAGAAACGGUCGUCUACUCGUAGCGGGAGCGCCACGAUUUAACCACACUGGCAAAGUGAUCAUCUUCACUCUGAAGAACUCAGGCAACCUCACCAUCCUGCACUCCCUCAAAGGCCAGCAGAUUGGCUCCUACUACGGCAGUGAGAUUGCACCUGUGGAUAUUGAUGGAGACGGUAUAACUGACAACCUAUUGGUGGCAGCACCCAUGUUUUUCAGUGGAGGCUUGGAGAAGGGAAAGGUCUAUAUCUACAGAGUGACAGAGCUGAACCGUUUCGUCCUUGAGGGAGCAUUGGAAAUCCAUAAUGGUGGCCAGAAUGCUCGCUUUGGCUCAUCGCUCGCUCCCGUCCCCGAUCUGAACGGUGAUGGCUUCAAUGACUUGGUGGUGGGAGCCCCACUGGAAGAUGACCACAAAGGAGCCAUUUAUGUUUUCUUCAGCCAGCACAACAGAAUAAUACGCAAAUACAAACAGAGGAUAGCAGCAGUAGAUUUGGCUCCUGGCCUGCUGUACUUUGGCCGUAGUAUUCAUGGCACAAUGGACAUGAACAAUGAUGGUUUAGUGGACCUGGCAGUAGGUUCCCUUGGUGCUGCUGUUCUCCUCUGGUCACAGAGUGUUUUCCGGAUAUAUACCACUGUCAGGUUUGAGCCCAGUAAGAUCAACAUCUUUGUGAAGGACUGUCAGAGAGGUGGCAAAGACGUGACCUGUAUGUCAGCCAUUGUAUGUUUCAACAUUACUGCCAUGACAGCCAUUCCACCCACACAGGAAAUUGGGAUCAAAUAUAAUGUGUCCAUUGCGGAGAGACGUUUCAAUCCUCGGGCCAUACUAGACAACCCAAGCAUGCUGCAGCCUCAAAACCUGACACUGUUUCCUGAAGAAGAGACCUGCGACCACAUCUACUUCCACGUCAUGGAGACCACAGAUUAUGCACGGCCCAUAGUGUUUUCUGCACAAGUGGGGCUACAAGAAGCAGCCGACGGACCAGUUCUAGAUGAAAGCUGGCCUACUGUUGUGAGGACUGAGCUUCCCUUCUGGAACGGCUGUGACGAGGAUGACCGCUGCAUACCUGACCUGGCUCUGCAGAGUAUGACCGACCUGAUGACUCGAAAUCAGUUCUGUGCGCAGCCUGUCCAGUCUCGUGGUGCUUUCUGCCGCCAUCUAAGUGAAGGAGGGGGCGAGGGAUCUCUGCGGGUUAUAGAAGGAAACAGGAGGAGGAUGGUGGUGGAUGUCCGAUUGGAGAACAAAGGAGAAAACGCCUACAAUGCUCGCCUGAAUAUCACCUACACACCUAAUCUACACUUCUCUAGCCUCAUAGUCAAGGACAACUCUGACAUCAAAAUAGAGUGUUUCAUUGAGGACAAACUGAGGAAAGAGAAGAUCUGCAAUGUCAGUGCUCCGUUCAUGAGGGCUAAAACUCAGGUAUCAUUUCGCCUGGAGUUUGAGUUCAGUCACACUGUCUUCCUAGAGCAUGUCAGGGUUGUCCUGGAGGCCAGAAGCGAUGGUGAAGAAAUGAGCACGGUUGAUAAUUCCAAUGAUAUCUAUUAUUCACUGAAAUACGAGGCUGACCUUCUCUUCACUAGGAAUUCAAAUCAAACUAAAUAUGAGAUCAAAUCAGAUCUGGCACUGGAGGAGCCUGGAGUUAUCGGUCCUCCUUUCAACUUCACUUUCCAGAUCCAGAACCUUGGCUACUUUCCAGUAAAGGAUCUGCAGCUGAAUAUUGAGAUCCCAGAAAUGACCAAAAAUGGGAACCAACUUCUGCAGAUAUCUGACCUCUAUAUUGACCAGAGAGAUGGUACGCGCUGUUUACCACCUCAGCAUGUGGCACAGAGCAGGGCAUCACCUGAGGACCUUUCACGCUUCUCUCGCUUGAACCGGUCCAACACCCUAACUCUGCCGAUCCAAUGCACCGUCACCGUGGCCGCCUACAGAGAAAUUGCAGUUAGAAUCACAGGAGCACUACGAAUAGAUACCUUACACACACUGAAGUUUAAAAUCCUAGAACUGGGAACCAGUGGAUCAGUGGAGCUCCCCUCCUCCAGCCCCAUGUUUUUACAUGAAGAAAGGCCUGUCAGACAUAUAAUAUUGGAGAUCAGAAAGGAGGGAGAUUACAGAAUCCCUAACUGGAUUAUCAUUGGAAGCACGCUGGGAGGACUCUUAUUGUUAGCCCUGCUCAUUCUCGCUCUAUGGAAACUUGGCUUCUUCCGGAGGCAGAAGCGGAGAGACAAGGACGAGCAAGAGGCAAACGGGAAAGUGGCCGAAGAACGGUAACGCAGGCUGAGGGCCCCCAGCAGACAACUUUUCCACAGGGGACCCGUCACUCAGGGACCAACCCACCUCCCCCUGCUCCUCAACACCAAAGUGGUGCCACAUAGACAGUUCUGCAUGACCGCUGAAGCGAAGCUUGUUCAGUGCACUGGAUCUGUCCCACGCUACGACCCCUGACCUCCAAGAGUCAGCACUGUCACACUCACUUAACAUUCCUGCACUGUUGCGGCAUUAGGGCCUUCUUUGUCUAUGUAUUCACUGCCCUCCUUGUCGAACCUUCACAGAUCUUUGAGCUCUCGUUUUCCUGUAGCUCUGGUGCUUUUUCCGGUCGUUAAAAAAAAGAAAAAAAGAAUAGAGGGAGCUUUGAUCGAUCCGUCCCAAGAAUUUCAGGCCACAAUUUGCCCUUGAGGCAAGCGUUAGCCAAUCACUCUUUUGUCUCUUCCUGUUGUGUAUUUAUUUAACUCUUAUGGUAAAUUUUGAAAUACAUGAAAAACCUCAAGGGUGAUUUUCCACCCAAAAGCUACCACAAAUGUAAAGUUACUAUACUGUAUAUUGAAUUCGAUGUUUUAAAAGAUUUUAUCUGCAUCUAUCUGCAACAUGUUCAGCUCACUUGCAUAAUUAAUUUAUGAAGAAACAAAACUUAACUAAAGUCGCCAGAGUACAAAGAUUCAUGAUGUUUAACCUACAGAGACGUUUACAGAGUUUCUUGAUCUUUUUCUACAGAGGAGAAUCUUCUAAAACCUGCAUCCGGUCUUAAGAGUUCACUGCUUCUCUUUUAAUAGUUUCGUCCUGGAAAACAUUAAACAUUUGAUGCACUUUUA